AUGCUAGUUGAAAUCCGUCUCGGAGGCCGACAGGACGCUCACGGACGGUCGUCGCAGGAGAAAUUCAAUAUCCCCAACACCAGCCGCACGAAGGAGGACAACCGCCCACGUCAAAAGAUGGACUCGAAAUCUUCCCAAGGAGUGCAAACCCCUUCGAAUUCGGGUGUGUCGCAACCGAGUGUAUCAUCGAAGAGUAAAUCGAAGCAGCAGAGUUACUCCUCGUCUUAUUCGCCGGUGAAAACCGCCGCUGUCAUGGGUAUCCCACGGAAUCCGGAAACCCUCCCGGGGUCGCCGAUUGCCGGCGGCGGUGGCGGCAGUGAUCGUCCGAAAACCCGCGUCAAGGUCUGCGGUAGCACGCAAACUCCGGAUGUCGACUACGGGAAGCCCGCUUUGUCGGCCAAUGUCCGUGAAAGAAUUCUUGCCAACUACGCCCAGAGUGGAAAUGCAAGCGGCACGGCUAUCAUGUACUCAAGACGUGGGAUGAAGACGGAUGGGUCCCUGAGCGACUCGAAUUACUCGAAUUAUGCGGAUUUGAUGUCGGGCAAGGAGUACUCAGCGGCGGGCGAAGGUGUCUACUCUUGGGCAUCCCGACACUAUUCCGCAUUUUCACCUGCUGCUGCUCCCUUCCGACGCUUCGGGAGUCUGACGGAAGGCGAGAGCAUGGAGUCAUUAAGUUCUACUGCUUCAUCCAUCGCUGCGCAAAUUCAAAAUGCCAGGGCAAAUAGCCUGACGCAGACGAAGAUUUUGCUGCAGCAACAGCAUCAGUCCCAGGCUAAUGCCCCUGGAUCACCUAGACUCAAUAGAUCCAGUUCCGCGAGAUCGAAUAAGUCGGAGAAACUUUACACUGGUCUGAGUUCUGACAUGAUGACCAGGCUGUCAUUUUCGAACGCAUCCGGAGUUCCAGGCGGUAACGGUGGUUUGCUUCCUGGUCUCGAGGGCAACCAACCUGGUUCACCACUUCCAGGACAAAAACCUGGUUACGGCAUGAGCGCCAUGUCAGUGCCACCGUCUCCGUAUUCGAGUGGAGCUGACCGUCACGGUCAGCAGGGUUCUUUGCGAACUGAUGAUGCUCAUGGAUCUGCUAUCAGCCUGGUUUCGACGGGUUCUUCAUUGUAUAGUGGACAACAGGGAACCAAUACGUCAGCUUCGGUUUCUGUAGGGGGCGAUGAAACUGCCGCUCCGGAAUAUCGUCGCAUGAAGAGGGAGCUGUUAGAUUCACAGAAGAAGAUACACAGCUUGACCACUCAACUGGCAACUAAUGCGCAUGUGGUCGCCGCGUUUGAACAGUCGCUGUCCAACAUGACCCAAAGGCUUCAGCAACUAACUUCUAAUUCUGAAGAAAAAGACCAGGAGUUGAACGAACUGCGUCGAACGAUUGAUCAGUUGAGGAAGCAGAGCGCUGAGAUGGGCAUACAUUUACCGAAUAAUUUGAGUCGUCAUCUGUCGACCGAAUCCAUGUCGAGCCUGUCUUCAGCUUGCAGUGUGGCCUCACACGCGUCAAAUGCGUCGCAUGCCUUGGAUUCGUCACAGAAUCAUUCUUCAAAAAAGAAGACAUCGAAUAGCAAGAAAAAAGGUUGGCUCCGUAGUUCCUUCAGCAAAGCUUUCGGUAAAGCAGGUGCGAGUGGCACCAUGAGUGCACAAGCUACCCCGAAGAAGUCCCUAUCGGGCCCUAGUGAAGAUUUCUCCGCCUCAGUGCCGGGAUCCCCAAUGAUGUCUGUCAUUCAUCAUCACCAUCAUAAUUCAGAUGCGAAUGCCUCUGCCAACUCGUCCGUCACGAAUCCUGCAUUUGCUGAUUCGCUCGGAGAAGAAAACUCUCGUGCGAUGCUGGAUUUAAAGAAGCAGCUGCGCGAGAAGGAUUUGAUAUUGACUGACAUUCGCUUGGAAGCCCUAACGUCUGCUCACCAGCUCGAAUCCUUGAAGGAAACUGUCAUCCGAAUGAGGAACGAGAUGCUGACUCUGAAGCAGGAUAACGAAAGACUGCAGCGUUUGGUGGCCAGCAAAUCCCUCAACGCUUCGACAAACUCUCUCGACGAGAAGGAGAGGUAUGGAGUAAGACGUGGACGUAGCAAUUCGAAUGCGGGUCGCUCGGACUCGUUGGCUGAGAGUGCAGUUCCACAGCAUCAUUCGUAUGUCGAUCUCGUGGGGGAAGGGAAAGAGGAAGGGCAAAGGAUCUCCAUUUCAGUAGCUCUCCCUGGGGAUUUAGCCGUGAAAGACGCUGCCGAGGAUCCUCGGAAAGCCAAACCAGAAGGGGAAUGGUUUAUUGGAAACAUCUACGUGUCCGGAAAAACCAAAUGGGAGAUGCUCGAUGAUCUCGUUGGCAAGAUCUUCAAGGAAUAUCUUUUCAGAGUGGAUCCAGCAGGACAGCUUGGACUUUCUGAGAACUCGGUGUCGUCUUACGUCGUUGGCGAGAUUCUGAGGGACCCUUGGGAAGGAACGCAUGGAGAGGGUGUACAGCAACAACAGCUACCGGAGCUCCUGCCCUGCGGUUAUCUCGUCGGUGACGUACAAAACAUCAAGCUGGGAUUGCGAGACGGCGAAUCUUCAGUUGAUACGCUUGUUUUCGAAACGCUUACGCCGAAAGCUGUCAUUCAAAGAUACGUUUCACUUCUAACGGAGCAUCGCAGGAUCAUACUUAGCGGACCAUCUGGGACCGGGAAAUCCUACUUGGCUCGGAAACUGGCUGAGUACUUGGUGAGAAGAUCUGGAGUGGUGAGGACUGCCGACUCCAUUGCCACGUUCAGUGUGGACGAAAAGUCGGCUGGCGAAUUGCAAGCGUACUUGAUGCAUUUGGCGGACCAGUGUGAGUCUGCAAAUGGAGCUGGGGAUCUCCUUCCUCGAGUCAUUAUUUUGGACAAUCUCCACCGUGCUGGUUCUCUGUCGGACGUGUUCUCUGGGUUCUUGAACUCCGCCAACGCCCGUUGCCCGACGAUCAUUGGCACGAUGAGUCAGACUGCGACUACCAACACGACCAAUUUGCAAUUGCAUCACAACUUCCGGUGGAUCCUAUGCGCAAACCACAUGGAGCCCGUGUCUGGUUUCUUGGCGAGGCAUUUGAGGCGAAGGCUGAUCGAGAGUGAAGUGAAAGCAGGCUCUAAGAACCCGGAAAUGUCGCGUGUUCUAGACUGGGUGGCGAGGGUUUGGUCCCAUGUUAACAAGUUCUUGGAAACUCACGCGUCAUCUGAUGUCACUCUCGGACCAAGACUGUUCUUGAGCUGCCCACUGGACGUGGAAUCUUCCCGAGUCUGGUUCACAGAUUUGUGGAACUACUCCAUCGUUCCCUACGCCAUCAACGCCGUGAAAGAAGGAUUGCAACUGUAUGGGAAAAAGAGCCUCGGGAAUGUGAACGGAAGUUCUAGCUCAAACUCGUGUCGUGGAUGGGAGGACCCUGCAACCUGGGUCUUGCAAACGUGGCCCUGGACGCGUCCGCCAUCGCUGGAUGCCUCCCUCAUUCGAAUCCGACCAGAAGAUGUAGGCUUCACUUCGGUAACUCACCGAAGACAUUCGGCAUCCACUGCAGCGUCUACAUCAGGACAUGGUCAGUCGGACAUCAUGACAUCAUCCACUCAUUCCGCGGGAAGUUUAAUGGUCCUGGACGAAGACGACGAUGGAUUUCGAAUCGGGCCUGACGAGUCUGAAAGUGAUCCGUUGGUGAAGAUGUUGAGGAAGCUGCAAGCAGCGGCUGCAGAUGCCAGCGUUGGUGACCCGAAAAACACUCUGGUCAGUGCUGAAGAAACUCUGGAGGUGAUCCGUGUGAACAACGGACGACGGGCGAAUUCUGAGUCAAAUUGAAACCGGUCACUUUUUUUUUUUCAUUUGUUGUGCUUUCGCUGUAAAGCAAAUUAUGUUGGAAAAUACGGAGAAGUAACUUCUGCAUUUGCCUUGAAAUGUUCGCUUGAAAAUUGCGAAUCGCAUUUACGAUUUCUGAGACGUGUUUUUUUUUUUUUUUUAAAUCAGACCAACUGGGACUGCUUCAAGUUGUGCGUAUUUCGGUUCGGAUUAUGAAGGUUUCUGUUGUCACUGUAAGUCGUUUUAUGUAAGAUAUUUGACCACCGAAUUGUUGAUUGCUUCGGAUACACUUUCCGCUAGUUCACGUUGAGGGGCGACGUUCUCGGGUGAGUUGCGCUGUGAUAUAAUCCCUUAGGCGUAUUUUGCUUUCCGUGUGAUUUUUGGAUGUAAACUUUUGCCCAGCUACGUUCUUCCCGCUUUUUGUGUGCGACUUUUUCGAAAAUGUGAAUGAUGGAACCUUGUCCUUUUCGCGAUGAAUAAUCCUAGUUUUUCUUCACGUCUCAAGGUGUUUUUGUGAGAACCGGAAAUGAAACCAAUUUGCAAACAA